AUGUUAUUGGUUCAACAGGUUCUCAUGUACAUCAUGAGAAAAUUAUUCGUAAAAGUUGCAAAAAUGAAAGCUGAUCAAGCAUUAUUAUGCCGAAAUGAAGAGCCAGAGAAUAAACAGAGUCAAAAUAAGGGGAAGUUUGGGGACGAAAUUGGUGUUCUCCCACCUAAGAUUGCAGCAAUGCACAAGGUUGGAUGGAAUAUGAAAAAGGGUAUCGAAAGAUGGUUGAACUAUGGAGCAGCAACUGGAGUUGUACACCAACAAGAAAUUGAUGCAUCUGAAGCUUGA